AUGAAGUCUCGAGGAGCACUGACAAAUAGGAUUGAUACUGAAUUAUUAUCUCAAAUUAACGAUGAAGUUGACUAUUGGAAAAAUGUUUUGAAAAGAGUGGUUGUAGUGGUAAAAACCUUGGCAAUAAGAGGAUUGGCUUUUAGAGGUAACUCGGAGAAAAUUGGAUGCCCACACAAUGGAAAUUUUUUAAUGUCCAUGGAAUUGAUAGCACAAUUUGAUCCAUUUUUAGCAUCACAUAUUUCUAAAUAUGCUAAUAAAGGAAAAGGGUCAACAUCAUACUUAUCGUUCCAUACAUAUGAACAAUUUAUAACUGUGAUGAGUGACAAAUUAUUGGAAAAUAUUCUAAAAGAAGUCCAAACAGCUAAGUAUUUUUCAAUAAUAGUUGAUUCAACUCCUGAUAUUUCCCAUACUGACCAAUUAUCAUUCGUAAUAAGGUACGUUUUAGAUGGGUAUCCUAAAGAACGGUUCAUGUGUUUUUUAGAGAAUACUAGGCAUAAAUCUGAACAAUUGGCUGAUAGUGUAUUAACUACUCUUGCAUUGUAUAACAUUGAUUUAGCCAAUUUGAGAGGACAAUCUUAUGAUAAUGCAAGUAACAUGUCAGGAGCUUACUCAGGUCUACAGGCAAGAAUCAAGGAGGUUAAUCCACUAGCUGAGUAUUCUCCAUGUGCUGCACACUCUCUAAAUUUGGUUGGUAGUUGUGCAGCAAAUUGUUGUGAAGAAGCCUGUCAUUUUUUUGAACUGUUACAAGCAGUAUACUGUUUUUUUACGGCGUCGACUCAUCGUUGGGAAAUGUUGAAUGCAAAAGUCACGUUAAAAGGUCUGUCUGAAACUAGGUGGUCAGCUCGUGAAGAUACUUGUAGAUCACUUAACAAAAACUGGGAUUUGGUCAUUGGAGUGUUGAAAACAAUUUUGGAUGAUACUAGUCAAAAACCAACUACUCGUUGUGAAGCCAAAGGGUUAUUGCAAAAGUUAAACCGCCUAGAAUGUGCUCUGAUGGCUGUAUUUUGGGGUGAUGUUCUUGAAAUUUUGAAUAAAAAAAGUUACAAUCUAAAUAGAUUUAUGGACUAUGAAAGUUCUGCUAAAGACUUGUCUGGAUUAAGUGACUAUAAAGAUAAUGAGAAACGAAAAAGAAGACGGAAAUUACCACAUGGCGAAACCAGAUCCAAUGAAGUGACAUUAUCUGGUCGAGAACAUUUUAUUGUCAUGACAUAUUUUUUUAUACUAGAUAAUUUACAAUCAGAGUUACAAAAACGCAAGUCUGCAUAUGAUGAUUUACAUUCAAAUAAUGAAAUUCGUAAAAGUGCAAAGGAAUUAUGUGAAGCUUAUCCAAAUGAUUUAAAUAUAAGUUUGGUUAGUGAGGUGGUUCAGCUACAAGGGCACAUCCAUAGCUUAGGGACUUCUGGAAAUAAUCCUCAAACUAUUUUGGAACUCAUGUUAUGGAUAAGAAGAAAAACACUCCGAAAUCUCUGGGCCAAUGAUAAUGAUGAGGAAUUUAAACAAGAACUUGUGGUUGAUAAUGGUGGAGAAAGCCUCACUGAACAAACUGAACAACAAAUUUGUCAAAUUAUGGGUUCAAUACAACUGGGAAUAAAACAUGAAAUUGAAUGCAUGACUUCAAAACCGGAACUCAAUUCAUUUCCAGAUGAUGUUAAGGACAUUUCAACGAAGGUGUUUUAUAGUUGGCAUGAUACUAAUAACAAUAUACAAUAUCCAAAUUUUUCUUUUUCUACAUACGCUCCAUUAACAUUCCAUUAUUUCAGAGGCUUAUUUGGUAUUGACGCAAGAGACUAUUUAACCUCGUUUUGUAGUUCGCCUCUUCAUGAACUGUCAAACCCGGGUGCUA